AUAUGGCUAACGCUGCUGUACAGUACCUGGUUAAGAAAUAAAGAGAUGUGGCAGCUCGAAGAUUCACACGGACAGUGGUGUUUUUUAUCCGGAUUCCCCCCCAGUGAACGCACACCAUUUCACGGAAAAUGAAAACAGAUGGGGACAUUUGAGAGCCAUGCGUUUUCUCCCACAGUUGGCAGGCAGGUAUUUUCCUACAGCCAGGCGUCGCACUGGGAAAGCAUCAUUUCAUUUGGCACUGCCGCUGGCUGGUGAUUUAGCAUGAAUGCUAGCAGACUAGUAGACAACAUGCGUUUUUAUUUUUACGCACGGUAAGUAGCAUCCAUCAGCAGCGUUUGGAGUGCGUUUUUAAUUCCAUGAAAUGCCCAAACCCGCCUCAUGGGGGGCACACUCACGUCCCUGCAUAAGUCAAAACCUCCAGACAAACUCUGAAGUGACUGUGUGUUAGCUGACAUUUUCUACAAACGAAAAAAAAAAAAAAAAAAAAAACGCCAGGACUAUUAACAUUUCUCUUAUAAAACGCGAGGGGGGCAUUUUUUGGCACCGUUGACGCACGCCGGACCGUUCAUGGUGCGUUUUGGCACGACGAGCAGGUGAAAGAAACUUCAGGUAUGAGCUGUCAGGAGGGAUAAAUGAUGUGGAGCUGUUCUUCAGACUGGGGACCGACCCAGGACCGCCUCAUCACACCGGCUGUCUGUCACUGGGGACCGAGCAGAGAGCGUUAACCCAGGCCGGCCUCGGAUCCGUCAGUCUCCGCCCGCCAUGGGACACUAAACCAGCUUUUCUAGCCCGCUCUUCAUCCGAGCAUGGAGGCUCAACAGCUUGGACUCUCCAGCUUUGCUUUGUAAAACCUGUCUUAUGUGUGUGUGAGUGAGUGAGAGCUUCUUUUGGACCAGUCAUGACAAGGCACUUCUUCGUCCAUCCAGCUCUUCAGCCACAGGAUGCUUUUUAAAGUGGAACUACAACCCCUCCUUGCAGUCAAACCAGGCGGAUUUUUCACUCCAUAGACCUUUGAAUGACACAGCCAACAUUUCAAGGGACCUAAUCUCUGAAGGAGUUUAUAUUCUUAUAAUAUACUGUCAUUUGGGACAGAGACACCUGUGGUGUCAUUGUACCUGGGUCUGGGUAGUGGGACAUAUCUAUUAUUAUUUGACACAGACUCCAUGUGGAUACUCCUUUAGGGGCCCAGGACUCCAGGUUGGAAGCCUCUGGUUUCCCCCCCCCCCACUCCCCCUUUUUUGAACACACUGCACUUGAAGAAGGGGGGAAAAGUUACAAAAGAUCUUACAGUUUUCUCUCAUUUCAAUGAAAGCAACUUUUAAACCAUGCACUGAAGAGGAGGACUAAAACAAGACUUAACUGUAAGCCUUACUGAGAGUCAAGUUUACACGGAGCCAGCCAUGCCUGUCAGAAAAAAAGACACGGUGCGGGCCUUGGGGCUUUUGGAGGAGUACUGCACUAAACUGAGGAAGCCGGAGGAAGAGCAGCUCAAAACUGCCAUUCAGAGGGUGAUGGGGAUUUUCAAAAGCAACUUGUUUGAAGCACUUCUUGAUAUCCAGGAGUUCUAUGAAGUGACGCUGCUAAAUACACAGAAGAGCUGCGAGCAAAAGCUGGAGGAGGUCAACCACAUGGCAGACAAGUGGGAGAAAAGUGUUUCACCACAGAACUCUGAGCCUGUACACUCUGCCUGUCCAGUCGAGCAGAGGGAGCAGAGCGGCUCAGAGCCCAGUGGGACGGAGCAGGCGGAGAGCAGCACUAAGACCUCUGAGAACAGGCCACCAGCAGUACAGGGGUCACCCCACAACGGCCAGCCCCCACCCUGCAUGAACCCUGCCUUGAUGAACGCUCCCUGGGUGAGAGAUGGGAGGCCGCAGUACCACUACCAGGAAGAUGACUCACCGCCACUUGACCAGGGCUUCCCACGGCUCACCAACGAGGUGCGCGCCCCCGAGCUCGUGCACGUCUCAGAGAAGAACCUGUCGGAGAUCGAGAAUGUGCACGGCUACGUGUCCCACUCCCACAUCUCUCCUCUCAAGCCUGCACUGGUUACCCGUUUUGAUCUUGCAUACCCGGGUGUGACCACAGCAAACUACAUGGCCAGCCCUGCACCGAUAAUCGUCAACACAGACACUUUGGAGUCAGUACCUUAUGUCAACGGCACAGAAAUUGAAUAUGAGUUUGAGGAAAUCACUCUAGAGAGGGGGAACUCAGGGUUGGGCUUCAGCAUCGCCGGAGGGACAGAUAACCCACACAUCGGUGAUGAUCCCGGCAUCUUCAUCACUAAGAUCAUCCCCGGAGGCGCUGCUGCAGAGGAUGGACGCCUGAGAGUAAAUGACUGCAUCCUGCGGGUGAAUGACGCAGACGUGUCUGAAGUUUCCCACAGCAAAGCAGUUGAAGCCCUUAAGGUGGCAGGGUCCAUCGUCAGGCUGUACGUUCGGCGCCGCAGGCCGAUGCUCGAGACCAUCAUUGAGAUUAAACUUAUCAAAGGACCAAAAGGGCUUGGGUUCAGUAUCGCAGGCGGAGUUGGAAACCAGCACAUUCCUGGUGAUAACAGCAUAUACGUCACCAAGAUUAUUGACGGCGGGGCGGCACAGAAGGACGGACGACUACAAGUUGGAGACAGGUUGUUAAUGGUGAACAACUACAGUCUGGAGGAAGUUUCUCAUGAAGAGGCUGUAGCUAUUUUGAAGAACACGUCGGACGUGGUCUACUUAAAGGUGGGGAAGCCCACCAAUGUCUACCUAUCAGAUCCCUAUGGGCCUCCUGAUAUCACACACUCUUUCUCUCCAGCCAUGGAAAAUCAUAUCUCUUCCCCCGUCAACAGUGGCACUCUGGAGUACAAGUCUGGUCUCCCCCCAAUCUCCCCCGGGAGUUAUUCCCCCCUCCCUAAGCACUUACUGGGGGAAGAGGAUAUAAACAGGUUGGAUGGUUUUUCCUUCUUACGAAAUUCCUCUCUUGAUGACGGAGAAAGUCACAGGUUCGAUUCCCAGCACUUCCAGUUGAGGCCUCCCGAACCAGUUUACAGCACUGUGAACAAACUUUGUGACAAAGCACCCUCCCCCCGACACUAUUCCCCAGUGGAGUGCGACAAAAGCCUCCUCCACUCUGCUCCCCUCCCAAACUAUCACUUAAGCCUGUUCCCUGACUUGGACUUCACCAGGGAGCCGAGGAAGGUGGUGCUCCACAAAGGCUCCACGGGCCUGGGCUUCAACAUUGUGGGCGGCGAGGAUGGAGAGGGCAUCUUUGUUUCCUUCAUUCUGGCUGGAGGGCCCGCUGACCUGAGUGGAGAGCUGAGGCGGGGAGACCAGAUCUUAUCGGUAAAUGGCAUCGACCUGCGAGGAGCCACACAUGAACAAGCAGCGGCCGCUCUUAAAGGCGCAGGACAGGUGGUCACCAUCAUCGCCCAAUACCGACCGGAAGAACUUGCUCUUUGCUCGCCAAGACGGGCCCCGUCUCCAGCACCAGAGUACGGGCGUUUUGAGGCCAAAAUCCAUGACCUGCGGGAACAGAUGAUGAACCACAGCAUGAGCUCUGGGUCGGGAUCUCUGCGAACCAAUCAGAAGAGAUCACUCUAUGUGAGGGCUCUGUUUGACUAUGAGAAGUCCAAAGACAGCGGCCUCCCCAGCCAAGGGCUCAGCUUCAGGUAUGGAGACAUCCUGCACGUCAUCAACGCCUCAGACGAUGAGUGGUGGCAGGCCCGCCGAGUGACUCCGCACGGGGACAGCGAGGAAAUGGGCGUCAUCCCCAGCAAGAGACGGGUGGAAAGGAAGGAGCGAGCGCGUCUAAAGACUGUGAAAUUCAAUGCCAAGCCGGGGUCAUUUGAUUCCAAGGGGUCAUUCAAUGACAAACGUAAAAAGAAUUUCAUCUUUACACGAAAGUUCCCAUUCUACAAGAACAAAGAGGGUGAGCAGGAUGGCAGUGAUUCGGACAGGAGUCAAGAGGAUGUGAUUCUCUCAUAUGAACCUGUGAUGCGGCAAGAAAUAAAUUAUGCCAGGCCUGUCAUAAUCCUCGGACCGAUGAAGGACAGAAUCAAUGAUGAUCUGAUAUCUGAGUUCCCAGACAAGUUUGGUUCUUGUGUUCCGCCUGCUAACAGUUCAGGUCUCCAAGAUACCACUCGGCCAAAGCGGGACUAUGAGGUGGACGGGCGAGACUACCACUUCGUAAUGUCCAGAGAACAGAUGGAGAAGGACAUCCAAGAGCACAAGUUUAUCGAGGCGGGACAGUACAAUGAUAAUCUGUAUGGAACGAGUGUCCAGUCUGUGAAAUACGUGGCUGAAAGGGGUAAACACUGCAUUCUGGAUGUGUCUGGAAACGCCAUCAAACGACUACAAGUAGCACAACUCUAUCCUAUCGCCAUCUUCAUAAAACCUAAGUCUAUCGAUUCAUUAAUGGACAUGAAUAAGAGACUGACAGAGGAACAAGCCCGGAAGACGUUCGACCGGGCGAUGAAGCUGGAGCAGGAGUUUGGCGAAUUCUUCACAGCCCUGGUUCAAGGAGACACCUUAGAGGACAUUUAUAACCACUGCAAACAGGUCAUAGAGGAACAUUCAGGACCCUAUAUCUGGAUCCCCUCGAAGGAGAAACUAUAAUAACUUUUCACCCUGCAAGGGAGAUUGGACUGCUAGAAACUAGUAAUAAGUUGUAACAUAUGAUAAGUGUAUGGCGAUGAAUAGUCUUCAUAAAUAAUUAUUGUGAAUAUGUUCUUUUUGUUUGUUUGUUUGUUUUCUUAUUUGAGUUUUUUUUUUUUCUCUCUCUUUUGUUUGAUUAUUGCUUCAUUUUUCACUUUCAACAUGAAUGUUCCUGAAUGUAAACCACAAAGUGUUAGCGGAUUUUUAGGUCUUGAAACAUGAACCAUUUGUAUUUAUAUUUGUUGAUUUUUAUUUCCAACAAAAACUGGAAAAGAGGCGUAAAGAAAAACGAAGUAAAUACGAGGCCACGUGUCCGCAUCGGCGCUGUGUGGAAUUCCAAGCGGAGAACGUAAGAAGGACAGUAGAUAUUUCUAAACGUCGCAACCCUUCACGAAUCUUUGCACUGCAAUGUGUUAAAAGUGAAAUGUUUUUGUCUCUUUUUGCAUCCAUGCAUCCCCUGAACACAGCUUGGCUUUUCAUUUGUUUACAUUGUCUUCUCUUCCUUUGGUUUUACUGUAUUUAUUUCUCUUACAUGAUGUUGAGGAUGUGUGCAGAAAAUGUCUUAUUCACUGUAAAAUCUUCAUGUUUUUCUUCUUUCUUUUUUUUUUUUACUUAAUAGCAGACAUCCAGCUGUUGCAUUGACAAUUUCAAGUAAAGAGAGAAAGCUGCUAAAGGCAAGAAAAGGAGAUGUAACACUAUAUUUUGCUACUUAAAUUGCUAGAAGGCACAAAAGCACAGAAUUAUUUAUUAUUGAAAAGAGAACUUUGAUUAAAAGGCCAUUUACAGAGCAUAUUUUAUUUGUAUGUUGUGAUUGUGAUGGAUGCGGACGCUUAUGGUGAAAGCGGUAUUAGUUGUUGACAGUAUUUUAUAGAUUUUGGAUGGAUAUAGUAGUAAUUAGGGAUUCAAUUUAAUACUAAAACACAUGUUUUAUUGUCUUUUUGGAACAAAUAGCAGGGAGGGGGAGAAUGGAAAUGAAAACAGAUGCAGAUUUUAAGAAGCUUGACCAUGGAAAUAACAUGAAACGGGAAGCGUUGGUUGUAAAAAGUAUCAAAUAAUUGAGUGUUGAAGGAGUUGAAAGAUGCGAAAGGUGACUUUGAGCGGAACACUGAUUCAGAUGGGUGGUUGUCCUUGGUUCGUCGUCUUAAAUUCUGAUGAUGAAGCGUAAUAAUAAUUAAAUUUGGAGGAUUCUGCACACUGAUACCUGUGAAGUAAGCAUUAAGGUCCAGUAGAUGUGGAUGGAUACUGUGCACACAUGAGUCGGCCAGGGUUCUAUACUGUUACUAGUUUAUUUAAUAAGGAAAAUGCACUUUAACGUACAUCUGUAUGAGAGUACAAAGAUGUAAAGAUCCAGAUUAUUUCAAGAGAAUGGUUAUUUCACAUCCAUAAUCGGCAAAAAUGUCACAAAAAGGAACAAAAUAGGAAAA